AUGUGCGCAACAGUUCACACAUUUAACUAGAAUAUGCAGUUAUAGUAAAGUAAAAAAAAAUAAGGUAAAAUGUCUCUGUGUAUUCAGGUAUAUGAGGAAAAAAGCUAAAUAAUGAAAACAGAAUGGCGGUAGUUUGUGCUACAGCAUUUGAGGUAAAUUUGGAAACAAAUUAAAGUCAGGGACCUUAAUGAGAACAUGUAUUUUACAUUACAUUUUGACUGAAGUCGUUUUAAAAUCCGACUCCAGCAAACUCGCUGCAGUUUCUGUUUCCUGUCCUGUCACGCCAUGCUGUGUGCACCCACAAGCGGCCAUACUCUGCAAACGCAACUUCAGAACUGAGCUAAAGAACUACACUUCCCAGAGCGCUUAGCCUAAACGGAUUUUGAUCCUCUUUUAUACCCGUCUUGCGGAUGAGAGUUUUUUUGCCAGGACAGUUUUGUAAGUUUUUAUUCCUUCUUUUUAAGGAAGGAUGGAACUCGGCAAGGCAAAGCUCUUAAGGAUUGGUCUUAAUGCUUUAAAUCAAGCUAUUCACCCUGUUCAUGGCAUUGCCUGGACGGAUGGCAGGCAGGUAGGACUAACAGCCAUAUACUUUAUCAAUGGGGAGCCUAAGUUUGGUGAUGCCAAUGUCAUUGGGCAGUUUGAACACGUUCUUGGACUAUUUUGGGGACCUGCCUGCUGCACAGACUCCCCAGCCCUUCUUGCUGUCCAGCACAAGAAACAUGUUACUGUGUGGCAGCUGCAGCUCAGCACUCUGGAGCAGAACAAACUCCUGUGCACGCAGACGUGCGAAAUGGGAGAGCCUUUUCCUGUGCUCUCCCAAGGUUGCGUGUGGCACCCCAAGAAGGAUGUACUUGCAAUACUGACAAAAAAGGAUGCAUCAGUCUUAUUUACUGUUAGGACGGACAAUCGCAGGGUGAAAGCAGACAUUAAAGCCAGUGGCAUGAUACACUGUGCAUGCUGGACAAAAGACGGCACGCGACUGGUAGUUGCUAUAGGGAGUGCUCUCCACUCGUACAUUUGGAAUGAUAUUCAGAAGAGCCUAAGCGCGUGUUCUUUUUGUCCGAUAUUUGAUGUUGGAGGACACAUCUGUGCUAUAGAGUCUACAAUGGAUGCCCAAGUUGCUGUUGCUACUGAGCUACCUUUAGAUAAGAUUUGUGGUCUCAAUGCUGGAAUUGCUUUUGAUGUCCCAACCGGUACAGAAACAGGGUCUUUACCAUCUCAAUCUUCAGUACAGGUAGUGGAUGAAGACAGAUUAUCCGAUUUAAGGAGAAAGUCUAUCGACUCUGAAAGAUCCCUGGCUGUAAGUUCAAUAGCUUCCUCUACAUCUGGCCCACUGGACAUAACUCAUAUCCUUGCAAACCACAGGAAGUCUGAUCCCAAUCCGCUCAUUCACUUGAAGCGCAGAGACCACUUUACUGGAACUGGCCAGGACUCUUCACACCUGAUCUUGGUGACAUUUGACAGAAAGGUGACCACCACAAGAAAAGUAAACAUCCCUGGUAUUCUGGUCCCUGACAUAAUCUCCAUUGAUCCUAAAGCCCAUACUGUGGCAGUGGCCUCCAAUACGUGCAACAUGGUGCUGGUGUACAGUGUGACCUGCUCCGCCAUGCCCAAUAUACAGCAGAUCCAUCUUCAGAAAAACGAGAGGCCUAAGGGGGUUUGCUUCUUGAACGACAAAAUGCUGUUGCUUCUAGUUGGGAAGCAGAAAUCAAACGACCCUGCUUUCCUCCCCUCCUCAAACACGGACAAGUACAUCAUCAGACUGAUGACCAAAGAACUGAUUUAUGACAAGGAAUAUUGUUCCUCGACAGGAUCUGCUCAAUCUCUACAUUCCGUCUUCGACUCGGGGGUCAGCAUCCCAGGCAUUAAGAAGUACUUUGAAAACCUGUCUAAGGAAGAUCGGACGGUGGGGAAAGAGCUACUGCUGCCAGGAAAUACUGCCAUCCAGCUUCCCAGUGGCAGGAGAAAGCUCAUUGAAGAAGUCAAGAGUGAGGAGAGCCCAGACCUUACAGACAAAGUAAUCUCCAGCGACUCUUCGAUCGCCAUUGAACAUUUUGAUGCAGAGCCUGUAAACCGGUCAACAGGUCUGAAUAAGAUGGGGAUGUUUUGCAGGGAGCCCAGCAGGCCAAGCUCUCCUCGAUUAGAGGCAGAAAGACUAAAUUGUGCGCCAACCAUCCUAACGAAUAACAGCCUUCCAAAGGACAAAAAUGUGGAGCAGCUGUCACAAAACCUGGAACGGUUGUUCGCCAGGUUUUCAGAGGUACAACAGUGCCUCUCGGAAAUCACAGACUUCACUCGAAAUGGAAAGAAGUCCUCUGGAGCCUAUCCAGCAUCUUCUGAGCCCCCCUUUAUUAACAUCACUUGUCAUAAGCAGCUUUCUGAGAAUGUAUUCAUCGAUGAGAGAAGGCCUGUGCUGCUGUGUGAAGGCAAGCUGUGCCUGCGAGCGGUCCAAGAGCUAUUUAAUCUCUCCGUUGUGGAAAUGUCACACGGCGCUGUCUGGAUAGUUCUGGUUGCUGAUGGUGAAGGCUUUGUUCCAUUAACAUUCAAACCCAAGGAUGAAAUCACAGUUAGAGAUGGGAGGGCAAAAACUGUCUCACUGUCUUCCUACAGUGCCAGGAUGUCCCAGUCAGAAUCUCCACAUGUUGCAACUUAAUAGUUGUCCCAGAACUUUUUACUACAGAAAAACUGAGUAUUGAGAAAUGUGUAAUUUCACUGUAUGGCUAUACACAAGUAAGGGCUGAUAUUUGCAUCUAAAAAUCUUAUUUAAGAAAGCUUACUUCAAUUUUUAAUUUAUACUUAAUACAGGGGCUGUAGAGAAGAAAAUUAUUUCAUGAAAGCAUUUCCACUAGCAGACACUGCGGAGUGAAUGUGGAUUAACAGAGAAGAAUUUACUGUCAUACGCAGCUACGUCGACGGUAAAAAUGUAUUGUGCUUGAAAACAGUUUUGUAAUUGUUUUGAAUGUUAGUUGUUGUGAUGUGAAAAACAUAUAGCUGAUAUGUAAAUAACUUGUAUAUGUAAUAUACUGUAUACAUUUCCUAUUGCCAAAUUAAUAUCAACUGUGAACUUGUGGAAUCAUAGUGUGGUGCAUUUUAUACUUGCUGCAAUACUUUUUUAAUGGUUACAUACCCCUAAGCUUAAUGUAUUUGUCUAAUUUAAUGAACCCUUCAAUGCCCAGGUUUAUUGGACUGUCAUCAACAUUAGCAGCCUAGAUAGUAAAAUCUUCUAUAUACUUGUCAACUUGUUUUAGUUAGACUUACAUCUGCCAUACUAUAUAUGAAGCUUUUGAUUUCGACCCAAUUAGUCUUCCGAUAUGUCUCCAGUUAGCGGGUGUAUUUGAAAGACAAGAACCAAUUAUGUGUCUAUAAAGGUUCAGUGUGUGAUUUAAAGCCCUACUACACCUCUUGGAAUUACUAUGACAACAAAGUGUAAUAACCUGGAAGAUUUAUUAAGGACAUCUGCCACUGGGUCAAUUUCUUGCAGUGAAGGAAGGUCUUGAGGUAGUGGAUCAAACUGAAAACAUUAUUAAAGGCAUUGCAUUGGUACA